AUGGAUGCACAUCUUUCGCUUGUCCAUCUGAUUGCUAAAGAAUAAUUCAACAGGAUCUCAAGGGGAAGUGAGAGUUUGGGAUAUAGGCAAACAAACAUAAGUUAUGAAGUCAUCGAUAAAAGAACACAGAGGAAGAGUAUGGUAAAUCCAAGUUAGAACAAUAAUGAAUAAGAUGUGAGUGCAAGUGCUGAUGGAUCUUGUAUAAUUUGGGAUUUAAAAUCAUUCACCAGAGUUAUGUGUCUAUUCGAAAGUACUUUGUUUAAUUUGUUCUUUACCAUCCUGAAGAAAGUUAAUUACUAACAACAGGAAGUGAUAGAAAAAUAACUUAUAGGGAAACCUUUGAUGGUCAAGCAAUAAGAAUGCUUGAUGAAUCCGAUGAAGGAGAGGUCAAUGCACUUGCCAUUACUAAAUAAGGAGAGCAUUUUGUCUCUGGAGGAGAAGACAAAGACCUAAAACUUUGGGGUCAUCAUAAAGGAAUCUGCUACUUCAAAGGAUAAGGCCAUUCCCGCACAAUAACAAGAAUUACCAUAAGCCCAGAAUCAAAAUCAAUCAUCUCUGUUCGAGCUGAAGGAGCCAUAAUCCUGUUGCUUAAUCUGUCAAGUCUAGAACAAAAUAAUCUAAAAAAUGAUAGGUUCAUUCAUAAAGAAAAAUGAUCAUCAAACCUAAUACAGAUCAGUUUAUUUCUCAAUCCUUUGA